CUUUGUUAUCUGCUGGUCUUUCUUAGGUAUUGUGGAUUCAUUCUUUCAUUUUCUCUUUUCUUUUCUUCUUCUUUUCUGAAUCAGAAGUUAAUACUAUGCAGAACGAAUCUUCUCUUAUGCAGAACGAAUCUUCUCUUGAUCUUUCUUAGAUCUUGUGGACGCCAUUAAAAUUCUUCCAUUCAUUCAUUUUUUCUUUUAUUUGCCCACUUACAACAUUCUUCUCUGGAUCGACCAGAUUAUUCAUAAUUUCUAGCCCACUGUAAGCUAAGUUCAAUACUAUGAAGGAUAUUUUGGGUUUUCCAAGAACAGGAAGAAAGUUAUUGAGUGCUCCUUUAAGCUCGCCUGAUGGCAAUACACUUGUUUAUAGUCACGCUAGUUUUGACAGUAUGUUGAUUAUCAUAAUUGCAGGUUUUAUUGUUUCUAUGCUAUUUGCAUGGGUGUUGAAAAGCAUUGCAAGCUGUGUCUUCUGUUGUAACAGAGAGGUUGUGGGGAUUCAUUCAUCCCCUGGUUUGGCUCAUGCUGAAAAUGGUGAUUAUGGCAACCAGAAUUAUAUGAAGCAAGUUAAUGUGAAAGCAGUGGCUACUGUUUUGUAUAGCAAUAUGGGUUCAGAGGUUAAAGAUGUGGAUUGCCCGAUUUGCUUGGCAGAGUUUGUGGAAGGAGAAAAUCUGAAAGUUCUGCCACACUGUAAUCACUGUUUCCAUGCGGAAUGCAUUGACAAAUGGCUGGCUUGCAAUCCAUCUUGCCCCUCCUGUAGACAAUCUCUUCUGCAAUAAGUACAAAUCAAUUUGAUUGCCAGAUUGUUUCACUGGUUUGCCAAGUAGGACUAGAGCCAUGGAAGCCUGGAGAAUUGUAACAAGUUUCUAGGAGAAUUGUAGCUGAUUUAAUAUUAUUGUUCUGACAAGACUCAUUUCAUCCCUUUGGCUAAAAGCUCAAGUGCUGGGUUAAUUUAAUUCUGUAACAAUGUUUUUUUUGUUCUCUUUUAAGGAAUUUGGAUUGGCUAGAUUUUGCCUUCUUUUUUCUUGAAUUGAGGUGAGGAGAGGCGGCUAGGCAUAUGAGAAGUUUCGAAUGGGUGCGUAUUAGAAAAACUCACAGCUAUCAAGAAUAAUGAAUAUAUUCAAUAAGGAGUUACAUCAAAAAGAAAUUGGAUUGGUUAGGUUUUUUUUGGUGGGGUUGGGUGAGAGAAGGUAGCUGCACAUACGAAAAGUUUGGAAUGGGUGUGUAUCAAAGAGAAUUACAGCUGUCAAGAAGGAUAAAUAUAUAUAAUGA